CCAAGGACAUGCUGAUCGGACGCGGCUUGUUCUCUAUUGUACAUUUUCUCAUCCUAAUGACGGCUCCAUGCGGACGUUCACCUUUUGAGUGGCGACAUGCCUGCGUGCUGCAUAGCGUAUACCUUGAUUCUCCCUGUGUUUGUGUCUGUGGCUGGUUGUGUCUGUGCUCCGCGCGCCGUCCUCAAACCUGGUGUUCGGGACGGCGCCCCCGAGUUAUAUACUGUGAGUCGUCGUGACGCGCACUCCCCCCCUCCCCCUCUGCUCUCCCGCUGUCCCCCUGCCCCCUCCUCUCAUCCCCCCAUGUCACUUUGUUACUGGUCGAGUUCCUGCACAUUUGUCAAUGACUGCCUAUGUUGAUACUACAAGUGCGGCCGCCGAGUCGAGAUGAACGUAACGUACUGUACCCUGUAUGAUUAGUA